AUGCUCCUCCUCGGUCUAACCGGCUCUAUCGCAACCGGCAAAUCGACCGUCUCCUCCCUCCUCUCCAAGCCACCCUACUCCCUCCCCAUAAUCGACGCCGACCUGAUCGCGCGCCAGGUCGUCGAGCCAGGAACCGCCGGCUACAACGCCAUCGUGCGCUACUUCCUACCCACGACGCCAGACCUCCUCCUCGACGCCCCCAAUGGCAGCAGCAGCACCAAAGGCCGACCCUUGAACCGCCCCGCGCUGGGCCGUCGCGUCUUCGGCUCGGGCCCGGAGACCGAAAGAGAUCGGAAGGUGCUGAACGGCAUCGUGCACCCCGCGGUGCGCAGGGAGAUGUACAAGCAGAUGGUGUGGGCGUACCUGCGGGGCUCGUGGGCGGUGGUGCUGGACGUGCCGCUGCUUUUCGAGAGCGGGUGGGAGAGGUAUUGUGGGAACAUCGUCGUCGUGGGGGUGUCGGACCCCGCGAUUCAGAUUCAGAGGUUGAGGAAUAGGGAUAGUCAUUUGACGGAGGAGGAUGCGAAGAAUAGGGUCAUGAGCCAGGGGGAUGUGAGGGAGAAGGCGAAGAGGGUGUUGAGGAGGGGGAAGGGGAGGGGUGUGGUCGUGUGGAAUGAUGGUGGGAAGGAGGAGCUGGAGAGGGAGGUUCAGAGGGUCAUGCAGGAGGUGAGGCGGGCGAGUCCCGCUUGGUGGACGUUCUUGUGCUGGGUGGUGCCGCCGUUGGGAGUCGCAUCUGGUCUUUUGAGCUGGUGGAAGAUGAAGAGAGUGCAGGAGAGUUGGGAAGAGGAGCAGAGAAAGGAGAAGGCCAAGUUGUGA